GCUUUUCUGCCCUCCCGUCCGCCAUUUUGCGUGAGGUGAGGCGAGGGGAAGGAAGCGCUCCCUCUGGCGCCACGAAGAAAGAGAGAGAGAGGCCGAGAGGGAGAGGGAACAUAAGGAUUCCAUGGCGAUAUCUCUGCCGCCAUGACAAACAAAACAGCUUCUAGUGGACAUUGGGGAAUGUGGAAACCAAAGAAGCUGUAAGGAAAAGGGUUCUCUAUGAAAAAGACAUCCUCUCCAGGUGCUGAUCUUGCUGAACAGACUUUGGAUCAGAAAGGAAAAAAUAAGACAGAAGUGUCCAUAUUGCAGUUAAAAAUACAUACCACUGUCAACAUGAAGGAGAAACCCUAUAAAUGCCUGGAGUGUGGAAAGAGCUUCACUCAGAAUGCACACCUACAUUCACAUCAACGAACUCACACUGGGGAGAAACCCUAUACAUGCCUGGAAUGUGGCCGGAGCUUCACACAGAGUUCACACCUACAUAGACAUCAACGCACUCACACUGAGGAGAAACCCUAUAAAUGCCUGGAGUGUGGAAAGAGCUUCACUGAUAGUGGAAAUCUACAAAAACACCAACAAACUCACACUGGGGAGAAACCCUAUACAUGCCUGGAAUGUGGCCGGAGCUUCACUCAGACUUCACACCUACAUACCCACAAACGAACUCACACCGGUGAGAAACCCUAUAUAUGCCUGGAGUGUGGAAAGAGCUUCAACCACAAUCAAAGUCUGCAGUCACAUCAAAGGACUCACACUGGGGAGAAACCCUAUACAUGCCAGGAGUGUGGACAGAGCUUUGCUCAGAAUGCACACCUACAUUCACAUCAACGAACUCACACUGGGGAGAAACCCUAUAAAUGCCUGGAGUGUGGAAAGAGUUUCACUUUGAGGCAUCACCUGCAGCGACAUGAAAGGAUUCACACUGGUGAGAAACCUUAUAAAUGCCUGGAAUGUGGAAGGAGCUUCAAAUACAGUCAAAAUCUGCAUUCACAUCAAGGGACUCACACUGGGGAGAAACCCUAUGAAUGCCUGGAGUGUGGAAGGAGCUUCGCUUUGCAUGGGAGUCUACGGUCUCACCACAGAACUCACACUGGGGAGAAACCCUAUAAAUGUCUGGAGUGUGGAAGGAGCUUCACUCAGAAUUCAUCCCUACAUAAACACCAACAAACUCACAAUGGGGAGAAACCUUGUACAUGCAUAGAGUGUGGAAAGAGCUUCGCUAACACUGGAAGUUUACAUUCACAUCGAAGGACUCACACUGGGGAGAAACCCUAUAAAUGCCUGCAGUGUGGAAAGAGUUUCACACGGAGGGAUUGUCUACAUUCACAUCAAAGGAUCCACACUGGGAGGAAACCCUAUAAAUGCCUGGAGUGUGGAAAGAGUUUCAGUUGGGAGCAUUCUCUGCAGCAACAUGAAAGGAUCCACACUGGGGAGAAACCCUAUAAAUGCCUGGAAUGUGGAAAGAGCUUCAUUGGCAGUGGAGACCUACGUAGACACCAACGAACUCACACUGGGGAGAAACCCUAUCAAUGCCUGGAGUGUGGAAAGAGCUUCUCUCGUAGUAGAGGUCUACGAGGACACCAACGAACUCACACUGGGGAGAAACCCUAUCAAUGCCUGGAGUGUGGAAAGAGCUUCUGUGAAAGUGGAAAUCUUCAAAAACAUAAAAGAACCCACACUGGGAUGCCUUGAGUGUGGAAAGCACUCACAUUCUACUAAAAUGAUGCCAAGAGAGACUCUCUAAGAUGUACAAAGGCAACUCUACAAAAAUCCCAAAACAGCAGGAAAGAAUCUUCCUGUACGUGACUACAGCAGCAAGCAAAGAAUAUGCCAAAUACGGAAAAAACAAAGAACACCAACAUCAGAGGAAUUGAUUACAAUUUUUUUUAAAUGGCUGAAAUUGACAAAUUAAUGUUAAUUCUACAAAAAGACAAUACACAAAAACUGCAAUAGAAUUCGUGAACUAAAAGUGUUAUGAGAUAAUGCAUUCGUAUAAACUAUAUAACUUGUAUAUCUAAGAGCAAAAAAAGUUUUGGAAAAUUGAUGAGUUAAUAUUUCUGUAUUGAAGUAGAAAAUAUAUAACUUCAAGAAGAUUGAUACUAUAGCUAUAUACAUUUAUAUAAGAUUUAUUGUGUGUAGAUCAUACGUGAAUGAUACUUAUAAAUGUUUACAUGUAUAUUACUAAUCUAUUACUAUAUUUUAACUAAGUUAUGUAUAUAGUUGACUGCCAUCAAGAAUAGAAAAAAUAGGGUUUCACUUAGGCGAUCCCUCGAUCUCAGAGUAUGAGGGCCUUCCAAGCGUAGUGUCCUGAUGGUGGAUACGGAGGUGACAGUGAAGCCCUAUCCUUGACCUGCAUGUUCUUCCACAGUGAGGCCAUCGGUUUCCAGUCAAGGCUGCCUUGAUGCGCCUUCCUCUUGGCCCCUUUCUCCCUUCAUUCAUGCCUCUUCAAAUUCCACAGCACUGAUGGUCACAGCUGACCUCUAGCUAGAGCGCUCAAGGGACAGGACUUCCCAGUUCUCCAUGUCUAUGCCAUAGUUUUUAAGGUUAGCUUUAAGACCAUCUUUAAAUCUCUUUUCCUGUCCACCACCAUUCCAUUUUCUGUCCUUGACUUGGGAGUAUUGUGACUGCUUUGGGAGAUGGUGAUCGGGCAUUCAGACAAUGUGGCCUGUCCAGUGGAGUUGAUGACGUAAGAGCAUCGCUUCAGUGCUGGUGGACUUUGCUUCUUCCAGCAUGCUAACAUUUGUCCAUCUGUCUUCCCAAGAGAUUUGCAGGAUUUUUUGGAAGCAAUACUGAUGGAAUCGUUUCAGGAGUCGAGUGUGACAUCUGUAGAGAGUCCACGUUUCACAACUGUAUAGCAGGGUUGAGAGGACAAUAGCAUUAUAAACAAGCACCUUGGUCUCCCUAUGGAUGUCCCGGUCUUCAAACACUCUCUGCUUGAUUCAGAAAAUUGCUGCACUCGCAGAGCUCAGGGGUAUUGUACUUCUGUGGAGAGGUGGCUCCCAAGGAAGCAGUAAUGGUCAACAUUUUCUAAUGUUACGCCAUUAAGGUGUAUUUCUGGCAUUGCCGAUAGGUUGAUUGGUGACUGUCGGAAGAGCACUUUGGUUUUCUGGAUGUUCAGUGAGAGGCCAGGUUUCUCAUACGCUUCUGCAAAGGUGUUUAGAGUGGCUUGUAGGUCAUCGGCAUAUUGGAGUUCUAUAGCAGACGUUGUGACUCUGGUCUUGGCUUUCAGUCUGCUGAGAUUAAAUAGCUUGCCAUCUGUGUGAUGGAUUAUUUCCAGUCUGGUGGGAAGCUUCCCAUCAACAAGAUGAAGUAUCAUAGUGUUGAAGAUGGAAAAUAAGGUUGGGGCAAGAACACAUCCCUGUUGGACACCUGAUUCCACCUUAAAUGCGUCACUUUGGGAGCCACUCCUGCCCAAGAGUGUUGCCAUCGUGGAGCAGCCACAGGAUGUUCACAAUUUUGUCAGGGCCUCUGAGUUUUUGGAGGAUGGUCCAGAGAGCGCUGCAAAUCACUAUGUCAAUAAAUUCAUGAAUGUACAGAGGUUGAUUUUAUUCCCUGCCUGUUUCUUGGAGCUGUCGUGCAAUGAAAACCAUGUCCACUAUUCCUCUGGAGGGGCAGAAGCCUUUCUGGGAUUCUGGGAGGGUGUCUCCUGAGACAGGUCGAAAGAGGGUUGCAAGGAUUUUUGCGAGGAUUUUCCCAGCAGAGGUUAGAAGGGAGAUACCUCGAUAGUUUCCGCAGUCUGUUCCUUCCCCAUUUUUUGAAGAGGGUGAUGAUGGUGGCGACCUUAAAGUCUGCUGGGAUUUUCUUGGUCACCCACACUUUUUCAAUGAGCUGGUGGAGUUGUUGUGUCAACUCAGGUCCACCCUCUUUAAAGAUUUUAGCAGGGAUCCCAUCAGGUCCGCUGGCUGUGUUAUUUUUUUGUUGGCUGAUGGCAUUGCUGACUUCCUUCAAACUAGGCAGUGCUGCUAGGUCAUCAUUGGUUUGUUGUUGUGAGAACCUCUUUGGCCACAUUGAAGCUGCAUUUCAGGAGGUUGUGGUCAUGCGUUUUCCAACAUAGUGCAAUUGAUUUUUUGUCCUGCAGAAGUUUGGCUCCAUCUGAUGAGCUUAGAGGGUGUAUGCAAUGGUUUCUUUGUCCAUAGAAGACCUUUCUGGCUUUGAAAAAUCCCUGAGCAUCAUGGAUAUCUGCCAAGUGUUGGAUUUCUUGGCUUUUUUGUCCAUCAGAUGUUCUUGAUGGACAAAAGGUAGAGUUCAGUAAAGUCCAAAAACAAAGUCUACACUUCUCUAACAAAAUCCAAAGAACCAGAAAAUGUUGAUCCAAGGCAUGAGUAUGUAAUCACAAGAGACAAAAAGCCAAACCAAGGAACAAGAAAUCCUUAAGCAUGAUUCUUCUAAGCGAGGCUUCCAUGAAACGAGGACAAGAACUUAGCAGGAUUCUAAACGAUGCUUCACCUGCCCUUUGGACCUCAGCUUUUGCACUGGCGUAGAUCUUUUUCUUAGCAGCACAGUUGACAUCUCUCUGUCAUGUUUGGAAGUUUUCCCCUUUCUUGUCAAUUACCUGUCAGAUCUUUUUUAUUGCUUAAUAUUUUAUUUGGGGCGGGGGGGGGGGGAAAUAAACUUGAUUUACAGGUAAAGUAGGAGAACAGUAAUGUGAAAGAAAAACAGGAAAGGAGAAGAAAUAAAGUGUUCCAAAAAAGAUGAAAAAAGGAAAAAGAGUAAAAAAAAAACCCUGCAUAUAAAAAAUUGGGGGGAAAAAAGAAAAAAGUAUAUAUGUGUGUGUGUGUGUAAAAAUAACAAAAAUAAUAAAAAAAUAAAAAUGGUGACUUCCAUCUAAUCCUUUUCGGUUUCCAGCUUGUUCAGUCAGUUAUAUUAAUUGUAUUGUGUAUUUUGCUUAUUGCUUGUUUUUAUUGAUAUGUUGUUGGGCUUGGCCUCAUGUAAUCUGCUCUGAGUCUCUUGGGGAGAUGGUGGCGGGUUAUAAAUAAAGUUUAUUAUUAUUAUUAUUAUUAUUAUUAUUAUUACCUUCUGUAUUAAAAAGAAAAUUACAAAAACAAAAAUGAAAGCUUAAGCAUUGAC